GAGAAGUACAGAACCUUGCACAGUUGCACCUUCUCUCACUCUCAAUUUUGCUCAACAUCAAUGUCUUCCGUAUCCAUAUCCUUCUCACCUCUCGCCUUAUCUCGCCCUAGUAAACUCUACCGCAAGAACCUCCCUAAAAACCCUAAUCCCCAAAUCCUUUCCAAAUCAAAAUCAAAAUCUAAGUCAAAAUCAAAAGCAAAAUCUAAUUCUAGUAAUUUAGACGAAAAAUUAUCAUCAACAUCAUCAAUCGCCAUUGAAGCAACCACUUAUACUCGUCUCCCACCUAGAGAUGACUUUCUCGCCUCUUCUCUCAUUUACACUUAUCGAGAAAUCAAGCUUUCUGAUUCAUCUGUUGUUCCGAAAUUCGAAGAGGAGCAAAGAAUUAGCACUGGACUGGGUGAAUUUGAUCAGCUGGGAAAUGGGGAAAAUCUCAGUGGGUUUAAUUAUCAGGACUAUGAAAUUCCAGAUAAUGAGGAUGAAGAUUUAGAGGAAGAAUAUGAUUCUGAUGAGGAAGACAUUGAUUAUGAAGAAGAAGAUGGUGAGUUAGUGAUUUUCGAAGGCGAAGAAUUUGAGGGUUUACUCGAGGAGGAUGAGGAGGAGAAGGAGAAGGGGAUUCCAGCAGUGAUGAGAUGUUUUGACAGGGCGAAGAUAUUUGUGAAGGCUGGAAAUGGUGGGAAUGGGGUGGUGGCAUUUAGGAGAGAGAAGUACGUGCCGUUGGGGGGGCCGUCGGGGGGAGAUGGUGGUAGAGGAGGGAAUGUGUAUGUGGAGGUGGAUAGGGCAAUGAAUUCGUUGUUGCCUUUUAGGAAUUGUGUGCAUUUUAGGGCUGGGAGAGGGGCGCAUGGGCAGGGGAGAAAUCAGCAUGGGGCUAAAGGAGAGGAUGUGGUGGUAAAGGUUGCGCCGGGAACUGUGAUUCGAGAGGCGAGGGAUGAUGGGGUUGAAGGCCAAGUGUUGUUAGAGUUGUUGCAUCCAGGGCAGAGGGCAUUGCUUUUGCCUGGCGGUAGAGGUGGCAGGGGAAAUGUUGCGUUUAAGUCGGGAAUGAAUAAGGUGCCAAGGAUUGCAGAAAAUGGGGAGGAAGGUCCUGAAAUGUGGUUGGAGUUAGAGCUCAAGCUAGUUGCUGAUGUUGGAAUUAUUGGUGCUCCAAAUGCUGGAAAAAGCACACUUCUUAGCGUGAUAAGUGCUGCUCGACCAGAAAUAGCAAACUACCCUUUUACAACACUACUUCCUAAUCUUGGUGUAGUUUCAUUCGAUUAUGAUUCUACAAUGAUUGUAGCUGAUUUACCAGGUUUACUUGAAGGUGCACAUCGAGGUUUUGGUUUAGGCCAUGAAUUUCUGCGACAUACUGAAAGAUGUUCUGUCCUGGUGCAUGUUGUUGAUGGUUCAUCUCCGCAGCCAGAAUAUGAAUUUGACGCAAUUCGUCUGGAGCUUGAAUUGUUUAACCCUGAACUUGCCGAAAAGCCUUAUCUUGUUGCUUUUAACAAGAUGGAUCUUCCAGAAGCUUCUGAAAGAUGGGAAGUUUUUAGGGAACAUUUAUUAGCCGAGGAUAUUCAACCUUUCUGUAUGAGUGCUAUAAGUAACCAGGGUACAAAUGAAGUGGUUAGCGCUGCCUAUGAGUUCGUAAAGAAAUUUAAGGAGGCUGUCAAAGAAGAUGAAGGUUGUGCUACUCCUAUCAAUCUUAAUCAUGUGGCUGAGGAGAUAAAGAAGAAACGAGCUGUCCCUAUAAAUGAUUUUGAGAUUUCUCAUGAUAGUAGCUCAAAGACGUGGCAUGUGGUUGGUGAUGGAUUGGAGCGGUUUGUUCAAAUGACUAAUUGGCAGUAUGUGGAUUCUGAGAAAAGGUUCCAACAUGUUCUUGAGGCUUGUGGUGUUAAUAAAUCUCUGAUUGAUCGGGGUGUGAAGGAAGGUGAUAGUGUUAACAUAGCAGGGUUGGUGAGGAUAUGGUACAAUGCUCCAGGAAGUACUGGCUCCUCAGGUGCAAAGAAUAGAUCAACAAAUUCAAUCAGGUGGCCUAACUGGAAGUGAUCCAUCCAUCUGUUACACGAUUUUUAGCCGACAAUGCUAGCAUGCAAUGGACAAGGCAUCUAAGAGGACGCAUGAUUGGAAAAUCCACCAACUAAAUUAUCGCAAUAUUGUUCAAUAUCUAUCAAAAUAUAAACGCCAACUUGGCCUGUCUUCUAGCUAUGGCUAGUUGAUCCUGCUAUCGAUCGAAUUUGGCACCCCAUUCUCCCAACAAGGUUUCUUCUGAUAUGCUUACCUCAAGGUAAUCAAAUGAGUCUUGCUUUUAGGAUGUUAGUUGAUUUUAUGUAUCUCCUUUUGUUUGAAGUUCCUUGUGGCUUCUUAAGUAAAAACAAGUGAGGUUAAUUCCAUUGAGUUCCCUACUAAUUAUGUAUAUAUGUGCUCAAUUCUGUAGUUGGCUGUUGUAUGUUUAGUAUAUCUAGUUUGAUUCUUUGCAAUAUUAGGAUAUGAUGUGCUUGCAUGAUCUUGUACAAGAGAUAUUCACAUUUUUUUUUGAAACCAGAUAUUCACAUUUAUCGAACUGCGUCUAUAUUGGUAUA